AUGAGACAUCAAAUAUCCAAAUUAACGCUAUUUAAUGGAACCAAGGCGAGUGAUACUUUGGAAACAGUCGAUUCCUGGUAUGAUCCUCCAGUCGACAAGGGUAGGCGUGCGUGUCAAUAUUUGGUAGCUAUGCUCACUAUCGAAACGUUUCUGUGUGGAUUUGCCACGUCGUUCGGAGUGUUACUAGAUUUUUACCAAGAUGAUCCACGUAGCCCAAUAAAGCAGGAUCCACAUGCCAAGCUCAUACUUACCCUUGUUGGAACAAUCAACACCGGUAUCAUGGGUAUCACAGCCCCAUUCAUCUCGUUCUGGAUUACCAAGAGGCCAGGCAUAAGACGUCCAUUAAUGUUUUCUGGUCUACUUGUAUGCACGCUGAGUUUAUACUCGUCUGCUUAUUCUACUUCUCUCUCUCAUCUUCCGGAAUGGUUUGAACAAAAAAGGGGGUUCGCAAACGGAGUGGUUUUCACGGGAACUGGCUUAGGAGGAAUGGUCUUUCCACUCAUGUUAGACUAUCUUCUUGAGAAGUAUGACGCAAAAUUUGCCAUAAAAGUUAUCUUUUCUUCAUCCACCCGAGAAUUGCGAAUGGCCGCCGGCGUCACGAUAGCUCGGAUCGAUCUGUUUCCAGCUCAUGUGAAAAGCAGGUCACCCCAAGCUCGCAGAACUUGUUCCGCAAUUUUUCUCGUUGUUUAA